CGAAUUUUAUAUUAUUCUCCAAAUUUUUGAAGUAAAGACACAAUUUCUAAUCGCUACUUGUAGACUUAUUUGGUAACAUCAUGGUACGAAGCAGUCGCUUUCUAUUCCUACGGCUGCUAGUGCUGGGACUAACACUCGCAUCGGUGAACUCGUUAAGAAUCUUGGGGCUCUUUCCUUAUCGCGCCAUGAGCCACUUUCAAGUGACGCUUCCACUCACACGCGGACUCGCAGCUGCCGGGCACAAUGUAGAUGUAUUAAGUCCCUUUCCCGAUCAUCGCCCACCGCCCCGAUAUACGGAUUACGCAUUGCCCGGCGAAUCCUAUUACAACGUAUACGAUUUACAUAUAUUCGAGAAUCGCAACUUCUUGCUACCUCUGCUUGAGUUUUUCAACCUCUUCUCAUUCGGCGUGGAUAGCUGUAAUCAAACGCUGAGCUCGCAAGCGCUUGCCAAGAUUCUAACGCGUCCGACGGGCUAUUAUGAUGUCAUUAUUAUGGAGCAAUUCCAUACUGACUGCUUGAUGGGCGUGGCAUAUCAGCUAAAGUCGCCUGUGAUUGCUCUGACCAGCAGUGCCCUGAUGCCCUGGCAUUACGAACGCAUGGGAGUGCCGAUUAUACCCUCCUUUAUACCCAACUUUUUCCUGGGACACUCGCAUGAAAUGUCAAUAUGGGGUCGCGUGUCCAAUUGGAUAACCAUACAUUUUCUAAAAUUGCUCUACAAACCUUUCAAUACUCUGGCGGCCGACGAGAUGUUGCGUAAGAGAUUUGAAGACCCUAACAUGCCGUCGACAGCCGACUUGGUGAAGUACACUUCCCUAUUCUUCGUCAACCAGCACUAUUCGUUCAGCGGCCCAAAGCCCUUGCCACCCAAUGUCAUUGAAGUGGGUGGCAUCCACCUGCAGCGCUCAAGGCCGCUGCCACCUUAUCUGGAGCACAUGCUGAACGAAGCCGAGCAUGGUGUGGUGAUAAUCAGCUGGGGCUCCCUGAUUCGUACCAGCACCAUGCCACCCGCUAAGCUUUCUGGCAUCUUGAGCGCUAUAGCCCGAUGCGAGCAGCAAUUCAUUUGGAAGUGGGAGAACGAUACGUUGCCCAAUAAGCCGGACAAUCUACACAUUGUGAAGUGGCUACCCCAACAGGACAUUCUCUGUCACCCCAAUGUCAGGGCCUUCAUGUCUCACGGCGGCAUGAUGGGCACAAACGAGGCCGUUCACUGUGCUGUUCCCGUGCUAGGCACUCCGAUUUAUGGCGAUCAGUUUCUAAAUAUCGCCGCAUUGGUGCAACGCGGCAUGGCUGUACGCGUUGAUUAUGAUGAUAUUAGUGAGAAAACCAUUUAUAAUGCCCUACAAGAGGUGCUGAAAGAGAAGUACAGGAUUCACGCCAAACAUGUCGCCUUGUCGUUUAACGAACGGCCCCAGACUCCUGUCGAAACAGCCAUCUGGUGGGUGGAACACGUUGCAAAAACCGGAGGUGUACUCCUAACUCAGCCGAGCUCAGUGCAUAUGUCCCGAUUCGUUUACUACUCGCUCGAUGUCUAUUUAGUAUUUAUUGUUACAGUCCUGCUUUUAGUAGCCGCAUGUUAUGGAAUUUUGCGGCAGCUUUGCCGCCUUAAAAGAUAUAUAUUUGCCCAAAUAAAAUUCAAGCAGUUAUAAAGAAAAUUAAAAUGUAACAAAUCAAAAGAGAAAAUAAAUUAUAAUAGGCAUAAGAGA